AUUUAUUUAGCUUCAAAGUAAAGAGAUUUGGGGACUAGAUACCACCAGGGUUUGGAGUUCUGUAAAAAGCCCCAGGCUUUCGCCCUGCCUCUCAAAUACCAGCUUUGCUGAAACCUGCUCGUUCCUCUGGAGCUGCGGAAGAGGGGAGAUCCUGCCAGGUUGACUUGGAAGCUCUCGCCCAGGCGAUCUGUGCUAUGCCUAAGGAAGAGUUGUGGCUAGGGAUGGCCGGCCAAGAUUCUGGCAGCUGCGACAGCAUGGGCAGCACCGCUUCCAACCACUCUGGAUGCAGCGAUAACAAUUAUGACUAUUUAUCUGUGGAGGAAAAGGAAUGUUUGAUGUUCCUAGAAGAAACCAUUGAUUCUCUGGAUGCAGAAGCAGACAGUGGGGUCUCUACUGACGAGACUGACUAUGCUGAGCCUUCAAAGACCUGGUCAAAGAGAGAGGUUAUUCCAAAGGAUCCGGACAAUAGGAUUCGCAGUGAAAGUCUUGCUCAGUGGCAUGAAGUUCAACAAAAGGGUGACCCAAGUGUGUCUGCUCUCUCAAGAUCUGCCCCAGCACUGGUUUCCAGCUCAGGCUGUUGCAACCUCCCAAGGGAUGCCAGCGUAGUGAGUGCACACACAAACAAGGCUUCUGUCUGCAAAGCCACUGACCUCAGGGUGGAGGGUCCAACUCCGACAGCUCAGGAAACAGGGAAGUCAUCUUGGACAUCUCCCAAGAAAGAAGGGAUAAAGGACAUGUCCAGUGACCAACCCAACUGGAGUAUGAAGGAGAAGCCACUGGAGUCCAUAAUUAUACAACCCCCUGAAAAUUUCCAGGACCCUGUAAUGAUGAAUAAUCAGCAAAUAGCUAGCAAGGGAUCUGGUAACAGCAGCAAAGAUCGGUCCUCUGAGUCCGAGGCCAAGAAGGAAUAUGGGGAGGCAGAGAGCAAUCGGCCUCGGGCUGCGUCUCAGCAUCCUGCCCCGGAAGAGGCAGAGUUGCCGCAGAAAGAAGUAGCUAUUCCAAGCCCAGCAGCACCUAAGCCUUGUGAGAUGGGUCUGCAGAGAGACACUAUCCCUCCAGGCAGCCAAGAGCAUUCAGCAACAGAAGAGGCUGCCCUGGAUUCAGACCUCAAGCGUGGGCCUCCCACGGCCCCCAAGCCAAGGAAACUGCCCCCAAAUAUUAUCCUUAAAACCAGCAAAAACAAUCCAGUGCCCCUCAUUAUAGACCCCAGCCACAGGAUAAAAGCACUGUCUCAACCACCAACCAGCCACAAACCCAGCACUGCUGCAGCCAGCGACACCGCGGGGCAUCUUGACCCUAAAGAACAGGAGAGAGCCAGGCGGGAGGCUUUGGAGAAGCUGGGACUUCCACGGGAUAAAGGAAGGGCACCCGAUGCCCAUGUUAAACCUGCCACUUCUCCCAAACCAAAGGAGGCCCCUUUCUUCAUUCCUAGGGCAGCUAGCAGAGACGACAUAGCCAGCGAUAAAGGAGUCCACUUCAUUGCUAACAAGAGCCAACCCCAUGACCCAAGCUUCAGCGGACCAGAGAAGGUUGCUCCAGGCCUGAGGCAGUUGCACUUCAAAUCCAACACCUUGGAGCGCUCUGGCGUGGGCCUGAGCAGCUACAUCUCCAGCAGCAAGGACCAAAACGUUAAGAACAGCAGCUCGCUGGGCAAAACGUCCUUUAUCGACAAGAUCACGCCCAGCUUUCUCAAAAGCAGCCGCCCACGUCCGGCUUCGCUGGGCAUGGGGAAGGACUUUGGCCACCUCCAGGAGCACCAAGUUGGCAAGGUGGAGCUGUCGAAAAGCGACAAGAGACGAUCUGACUCACUGCAGAACUACUCCAAGCUGGCCCGGCCUCCUUGCAUCAGUGUCAAGAUUGCCCCGAAGGGCGCCACGGACGAGCACCGGAGGGAGGCUCUGAAAAAGCUUGGCCUGCUGAAGGAGUAGCCCUGUACUUCGCCCUCGGCGUGGUCACACCCCUGCUGUCAUGUCCCACGCCAGAACUUCUCUGCCUUUGCAGACGCUUUAUUUAAUGCAACAGGGCAGACUCCAUGGGUGGCAAAGUCUGGGAGCACUCGCUAGAUGAUCUCGGAGCCCUUUAAAUGGAGAGCAUGAGAAGGAGCAUCUUUAGCCGUUGCUUCCCUGCCCUUGGUCUCGGGAGGGCAGCCUGAACCAGCCCGGCCACUAGAACUGCUGACGCUUCCUACCAAAUCAAGUGACGUGGCGUGUACAUAGCAGUGUAUGUUGUGUGUGUGUAUGUAUGCAAACUAUUUAUACGUGACAGGAACAAGUGAGCAGAUGGGAGUAAUCUCCUACAGGUUUUAUUGCACUGACUGGCUUGUGUCACCGGGAAACCACAGGCUCUGGCUGCAUGGAGAAGUGACGUCUCACAACAGGCUACAUGCGGC